CAAUGGGCCUGAACCUAAACUUCGAAAAUGUCGAGACUUCGGUCUGAAAGUUUAUUGCGUUAAAACCCAUUCAACCCCCUUCUUCUUCUUCUUCUUCUUCUUCUUCCUCCCCGCCCCUUACCCGGACGGAGAGAGCUCCGCUGCAGCCACCAUACCUCCGAUGGCUUCCUUCACCUCCCCCAUAUCUUCUCAGUUACUACCAAGACCAAAAACCCACACAUUUGCCUUCCCAAAUUUCGCGUCUCCCCAGACCCCGCGCCAUGCACUCGCUCCAAAGCCAGCCCGCUUGCCCUCAAUCCACUCUCUCACUGCCCCUGCCAAGGCUUCCAAGAACAGCUCGAGCACAAACCAACCAACAUCCCAGACCAAGGGCAAGAAACAGACCCGCGUACAAGAAGAAAAGCAGGACGAGACAGUGGAGGUCGAGGAGGACCUACCAUGGAUUCAGGAAAAGGCGCUAGACCUUGUGGAGUUCACUGGCUCAGUAACUCAGGCCAUUCCUGGGCCCAGAGUGGGGACCAGCUCCUUGCCUUGGAUUCUUGCUGUUCCUCUGGCUUACGUUGGGGUCAGCUUUGUGAUUGCGUUUGUUAAGACUGUCAAGAGGUUCAGCUCCCCCAGAGAGAAAAGGAGAAGAUUGGUGAACAAAAAUGCUAUGCUCUGUAAGUCAAUUGACGAGCUCUUUAAGAAAGGAAUGGAUGAGGUGCAGCACUCAGCACUUACUGGACUGGCAAAAAAGACAGGUUUUGGCAUGGAGGAAAUAUUGCGCAAGUAUGUCAGAUAUGUGCUGAACGAGAAACAAUUUAACCCCGAACUUAUCGCCAGCUUAAUACGACUGAGGAAAGCAUCCAUGUUGGAAGAUCCUCAGGUUGCUGAGAUCCUUAAUGAUAUUUCUCGUCGUAUUGUUCGAGAUAAGGGCCCAGUUGUCAUGGACAUGUCUGGAUACUCUGAAAAAGGUUUCAAGAGGAAACUCGCUGUCCAAGCUUUAUUUGGAAAGGUCUUCUACCUGUCUGAGUUGCCAGAAUUCUGUUCACAGGAUAGCUCCUUGAUUGUUAAAGAAAUCUUUGGGGUUACAGAUGACGACGCAGAUAAGCUUCGGUUGCACACCCUCUCUGAAUCUGGGGAUAUGGGUUCGCUGGAGAAGAUGGUGGACGACUCCGACUCCGAAGGUUCUGAUGAGGAAUCUGAAGAGUCUCUAUAAUUUUACAUGGAUGAAUAUAGUAGACAACAGAGAGAGAGACCAGAUUUAUUUUAUCGUGACAGGUUUCCCGGAUGUAGUUUCUUCGUUUGAUUGUUAUCUUUUAGAUUUUUAUUUAAAAAAAAAAAAAAAAAA